GGCUGUGUUACCACUGUUGAUAUAAAAACGAUGGUAGCAACUAAAGUCGAGCUGGAUGGGAUACCUCCUCAUGGAUCCGCAAAAGCUGGAUCUGAUCGCGGCUGGUUAAAGAGGCGCCGGCGCAUAGGCCCCUGCUUCGAAACUGGUAUAAGUCGUUCCGUGUCUACUGGAGUUACAGCUUCCUCUUCAGCUACAUCUGCAGCCUCCAGUUCUAUCUCCGUUAAUGAUAUAAAUAUCAAUCCACACACAGGAAUGAGCACUUCUGGGUGCUCAGCAAUUUCGAGAUUUGAUGAAAAAGAAGUCAACUGGGCUGCUAUUAGCUCCAUAAAUGGGAUUAACAGAUCGGAUCUUCAGGAAGAGGAUGAAGAAGAAGCCACUAGAUGUGGGGAGGUGAAGAGGGCUAAGCGGAAUUCUGCGAAACGGGUCGGUAGGCUGGAUCGAAGGAUCAUAGAAUCCGGACAGGAAAAGCCUCAGCGUAGAAAGCGAAGAUCCCAGAAUGUUUCAAGAAAAGACGUCGGAGGCGCCGUCAUAAGCGGAGAAGGCGGAGAGGAGUUAUGGAGACAGAAACAAAUAGUGGACGGUGUCAAGAAUCAGAUGGGCCCCGAGAAAAAAGAAUCAGAUGGCGUCAUCGACGUCGGCACAACAACUGCUAUUUCCGAAAUUGAGUUCGAGUCCAUCUACUAUGUCACAUUUUACUACAAAUCGUUGGUCACUGAUCCGUCCGAAACAUCGACUGUGUCGACACUUGCUUCUGUCAUCAUUGUGUAA